GGGGGUCUCGAUAUGAACCAUAGAGAUAUAUACUUAAUAACCUAAUUAGUAUACAUCUCUAUAACUUAAAAACUUCAGCUUUAGCUGAGCUGAGUUGAGCUAGCUAGCGAGCAGCAGAUCGAAUCAUCAGGGCGCCGAGCGUGGUAGACCCCACGCGGCCCGGCCGGGAGCCUGGCAGCGCCACGGUACGAUUUAAUACCGUAUCUAUAUCGUCGCUCAAUAUGAAGUGCUGCAUGCAUGUCUGUAAAACUCUGGGAAAAACGACACAGCCACUGAGGAAAUUAUCAGUAAUAUCAUGGACGAAAUUUCGGAAAAGCGCCGAAAGAUGGAAAAGAGCUCAUGGGGUAUAUUCUUGGACGGCUGAGAAGGUGUGGGAUGCUUUUAAUUUGGAUGAAAAUGAGGAUCUUAAGGAUGACAUCAGCGCACGAUUUGGCUUCCACCGGCAAUGCUACCAGCGAUUCACUUGUAUAGCGAAAAUAGCACGUGCCGAAAGAAAGCUUGAAAAGCAGCUUCAACAACAGCAUUCCUCAUCGCUGACUCAAAGUAUAACGAGUGAUGAUACUUCAAAAAGCCAACGAAAAGAAAAUCUACAAUCGACUCCUGUUUCUGCAGUCCUAGUCCCACAAGAUAAUGCAGAACCACCAGCCAAACGUCUUCACAGAUCUCCAGUGACAAUAUCCUCUGAAGAAGAGAGGAAACACAUUGAAGGGGAAUGUUGCAUCAUUUGUAAAUCAAACCGUUAUUAUCGGGAAUGGCAUUCUGGCAAGAGACUAAGAGAGCGUCUUUCCACCUGCCAGACACCAAAUGCUAGAAGUUUGUUAGAGAAGGCAGCAAGAGGGACUGGUAACCAAACAUUACUCCUAGAACUCCAAGAAAGGGAUGUGAAUACAUCAAAACUCCUUUACCAUUCCAGCUGUUACUCUAAAACAACCAGAAAGUUUACCAAGUCUUACAUCCCAAACGAAAACCCAACCGAGCCAGGAUAUCGAAGGAGUUUCGAACAAUUUUGUAAAGAUGUCAUUGAUACCAAGGUAAUUAAAAAUAAAGAAGUUUUGAAUAUGAAAACGUUACUGCAGAUGUUCAUCAAAUGUGUAAAAGACGUACAGAAGUUAGAUGCUUCAUCUUACAGAGUUUUCAGUCUAAAGAAGAGAUUGCAGAAGACCUACCCACAACUCCAGUUUGUACAACCCCCUUCUCGAAGAAAGAGCCAACUGGUGAUGGUAAGGGGCGUUCAAUGUCCCGACACAAGAGAUUCCCUUCAACCACCAGAUAGAUUUGCGGUAACAUCACAUGACCUUGAUAGUGAUCUUCAAAGCGAUGUAAGCACUGGUAAUGAUGAAAGAUUGCAGGAAAAGUCAUCAUCUCAAGAGAUUCAAGAUACCUACAAGUAUGUCAUAGCCAGAAGUCUGAGAGAUGAGUGCCUAGCAUGUAAGUCAUCUCCCACAUGGCUACCUCAGAAAAAUGAUUUGUCUCUUGAUGCGAGCACCAAGGAGUUGAUACCUACUAAGCUGUUUAACUUUCUUGCUGUGCUGGUUGGCGCCUCUGAUGAACCAGUGGAAGACGGGAAAAUAAAUGUCCCAGACAUUGAUGAGAGACGCAUUGUGCCUUUAGCACAAGAUAUUAUGCAUGCUGUAAGAAACAGGUUCCCAAAACACUGACCAUGACAGUCCAGCUGCACUUCAGCACACUAAAGGCUUUGCUAAACAAUCUGCUGAAUGUAUUUGGACAUUGAAUGUGCAGUGAUAUGCAUUUGUACUACCUUGUAC